CGCGGUCGCCGCCGGAAGUGAACUUGGCGUCGCGAGUGGCCGGGGUUUCCGUGAGUUGUGGCCUCGCGUCUCCGCGGCUCCAUCGCGGGGCGGCGGAGCCCGACGGGCGGAGGCUGGUCGGCGGCCGCCAUGGCCGGGGAUCAGGACAUGUUCGACGCUGUCGUGAUGGCAGAUGAGAGGCCCUGCCGUCAUGGUACACUUUGCGGCCAGUGUUCUUGCCUGGAGAAUCCCAGGGACGGGGGAGCCUGGUGGGCUGCCGUCUGUGGGGUCACACAGAGUCGGACAUGACUGAAGCGACUUAGCAGCAGCAGCAGCAGAUGGCGCUUCUCCUUGCCUGGCUCCUGAGGUUUCACGGGGAAGGGUACCUGGAAGGCUAUGAAGAAGGAAGCAGUUUGGGUAUAAUCGAAGGGAGACGGCACGGCACGCUCCAUGGAGCUAAAGUCGGAUCUGAAAUUGGGUGCUACCAAGGCUUCGCGUUUGCUUGGAGAGGUCUCCUGCACGGUUGCACCACUGAGAGAGACAGCAAAAAGAUGAAGGUCUUAGAGGCAUUGAUUGGGAUGAUUCAGAAGUUCCCUUACGAUGACCCUACUUACGAUAAACUUCAUGAAGACUUAGACAGAAUUAGAGGGAAGUUUAAGCAGCUUUGUUCAUUAUUGAACGUUCAGCCCGACUUUAAAAUCAGCGCGGAAGGUUCUGGACUUUCAUUCUGAGGACAACAGAUGAACAAAGACGGGACAUCAAGGAGCAGAUGUUCACGUGUUAAGUGUUGAAAAACAUGAUUAAAAGCAAGACAGGGAGGAGGAUUCAUCGUUUCACAGGGUCAGGUCCAGUUUGGCCGGUGAAAGGGCCCCCUUCACCGAGGUCCCCCCUCCCGGAGGUCUCCCCGCGUGGCCUGCGUCCUCCCCUGCCAGGGGCCCCUCUGCACAAGCCCGUUCUGGGUCGAGUCCUGUCUGCCCCACAGUUUGGGCACGGCCCUGGCAGAGCCCUCGAGGGCUGCUCAUCUCCGCUCCAGGGUCCAGGCCACUGGCGCAUGGGUUCCCACCACCUGGCAGGCCUGGCUGGAUCCAGACCUGGCUCUGGGUGGAAGAAACACCCCUGUUACUCCCCGGGCUUUGGUCAGUGCUCAGAGGGGCCGUUUUUUUAAAAUGGGGGACAGGGCUGGCACGGCAGGGGUGACGGGUGCGGUGGCACACACUGCCCUUGAGGUGUGCCAACGCUGUGUGACCUGCCCCUGGUGUUUCAUUUAUUCCCUUCGGGAGCCUACGAGGCGGGCAUUAUUCAUGGUUUAUGGAGGCCCCCGGGGCCUGAGAGACCGCCCGGUCCAAGGGCUGCGGCUGGCAGAGCUGGGACUCCAGUCCUGGCACUCUCGCACCCACAGGCCCGGGGUCCCCGGCCGCGAUCGGCGCUGUGCUUGUAGCCUCCUGUGCCGUGGACGUGGGCAUCUGGCUGAGAGGAGGAGAGGCCGGCCCUGUGCCUGGGGAGCCGGGAUGUGCUUUUCCGCGUCCCCGGGUGCGGGGAGGUAACUCGUUUUGAAAAUGGUCCCCGGGGGAGAUCUGGAGGCCGCCACGCCGUGUGCAGAUGCCUUGGGGUCCUGUGAGUCUAGUCCAGCUUUUAGAAUCCUCCCCAAGCGUCUGGGUGCGCUCUGCUUCCCUGGCAGCCGCUGAGGGUCCCUGCGGGGCCUGGACGUUGGGCCCCCAGGCACCGAGGAGGGAGGGUCGGUGUCUUGAGGCUGGUGGACGCGCUGCGGCUCUGUCCCGUGCGUCUCACCGUGCGUUCCUGGCCUGCAGCCCCUUCUCAGCUCUGGGCAGGCCGGGCCUUGGCCGCGCCGUCAUCACAGAGACCACCAGCUCAUCUCCGUCCAGCAGGGUGGUGGGCUCUCUUUAUUGUGUUCCUGGGCGGAAUUUUGUGUUUCCUAAGCUAGCUAUUUGGAUAAUGUAUUAUUUUUAUAAUUGGAGAAAAAAAAUAAACAGCAUAUUUUAAA